UGGCUGUCAUCAGUUCCGCGCGAGGAAAGGUGUUGAGUUUUCAGAGCCGGGCAGACAGAUGAGCACAUAGUUUUAAUGUCCUCUGGAUUAAUGAAAGCUCUCCUAUUAUUGCUUGAUUGCUUGAUUCAUAUCAAAUAUCACUGCGCACCGACAAAAUGAGUCAUCUGAACCAAGAUCUUAUUUCAGCUUACAGUAGCUUAACUGACAAACAUCUGACCGGAUACUUCAACAAUGCAAGAAUACGAAGACAUCUUAAGAAAGUUGGUCUGAUCACUCGGAGCGGCCGGAUUGUUCCUGAUAAGGAGUACAAGCACAAGCUGAUCCAGCGAACACAUCAGAGACAUGUGAGGGAGUGUCUAGCUCAGGCCAUUUUUCACAAAGUGCUAGACAUGGAGCGCCUUCAUCAAACUGAGAUCAGGAGAAAACUUGAGGAAUUUGCACGGAGGGAACGAAUCCACAAAAUGAAGGCUGAGCGCACCAAGAGAUAUGAAGAUGAACCAAUGCUAAUGCUGUCACCCCGGCCACCCACAAGGCCAAAGAUCUCACACGCACGGCAUUCUGGACCGGAGGAAGAGCAUUCUGAGUCAACAGAAUCUCUGAGUUCCUCCAGGCCAAACACGGCUCCAGGGAAGAUGCAGAGGCCUGGUCGACUCAAUCCCCUGAACAGCAAUAGUGCCAUGUCCUCUCUGAAGAGAACUUCCCCUCGACACAGACCCCGGGACCAUGACUCCUCCAAUGACACCGAUCAGCCCCUCAGUUAUACGCUGAACAGAGACGCCAUGAAACAUUUGACCACGACAGACUUCUCUAGCACUGUCUCGCCCUACCGUCUUCCUGUCAUUAACAACUAUGUGACCCCUGUGCCACCCCUCACAAAGAAGAAAGAAAGAGGGCAGAGAGCGAACGGCACACUCAGGGGUCGAAAGUUAAGACCCACUACGGCACCAACAGCUGCUACAGAGCCGUCUUCUCUCCAGAGGACAUCAGCCCAGAGUAAAGUAUUAGUAAGCAUGGUGUACUUUGGGAAGAGUGUUCACCUGUCCCAUGAUCUGAUGGACCUCAGAGAUGAGGUGAAGGUCUUUCAGCAGCACUGUGGAGGAGAGAACCUGUGUGUCUACAAAGGGAAUCUGAGAGAGGGAGAAGUGUUCCAGUUUGUGUCAAGACGUCACCAAGGAUUUCCCUUCAGUCUUACAUUCUUCCUGAAUGGCCUGCAAGUGGAUCGGCUCAGCUCCUGCUGUGAGUUCAAACACAGGAAAGGCUCUCGGCUGGGGGGCAGACACGGACACUUUGGAUUUUGCGGUGUGGAGGGAGCCUCUCCAUGCUACAAGUGUAUUAUUGCCAUGGGCUUGGACAAAAAACCCACCCCUCCUCAAAAAAGAGUGAAAGAGGAGCUGCCAACCUCUAAAUCCCCUGAUGCUAAGGAGGCCACAGAUGUAGAUGAGGACAUAGAGACACAGUCUAAUGCAGAGCUUGACACGCCUCAGGAAAUGGAGACAGAACCUAAUCGAGAAACAACAGGACAGAAAAAGACCAAAGAUGACUAUGAGGAAGACUUUGAGGCAGAUGAUGAAGGGCCAGUUGAAGAUGGUGAUGAAGCAGUGGAAAAUCCAGCUUCUGUUGCUACUGGGGAAGAAAAAGAAUCUGAGAUCAGGGAUGAAAAUGACAUAAAUGAAGAGAAAAGCAACUCUGACAGCGAUGACACCAAUAUGUCCAAGGUCAAAAGGUCAUCAUCUGUCUCAUCUGGUCGAACAUCCAGCUUGUCCAGCAGUGACAAUGACAACAGAGAAAGAGAAAUUGUGGAGGACACCAAAGAAAUCACCACUUCUGAUGUUCCAGAGGAGAGCUUACAUGCAGAGGAAGUUCUCACCACAGCUGAGACCAAACCGGAGGAGACAGAGGUCACAGAGUCCAGCGAUGUUACAUUGCCUCAAGCUGCAGUGGAAGAUUCUGGGACACAGGAUAGUCCAGGGGAUGGCAUGGAGAAGAGCGACCUGGAAAUGUCAGAAGACACAGACAAGAAAGAGGGAACUGAAGGUGAGCAAUCUGGGGAGGAUGCCAAACCUUUAGAUAAGCCACAAGAAAAUGAACCUGAGAGAGGUGAGUGUCUGCAUGUAAACUAGUGCUGUGUGUCUGUCAUGAUCAAACCUUGUGUGUUUAUUCAUGUUGGCUUUUACAUCAGAACUGGAGGGUCUUUUUUUUUUUUUUGGUAUUUGAUUUUCUACUUUCAGCUUUGAUUGCUGCAA